GAAGAACACCGCCAAAAAGUAAGUUGGCGAGACCCCGAUCCCCGCGAAGCUCGGUUGGUUGCCGGCUAGCGUGCCAGCGUGCGUCCAGGCAAACGGGAAGGGGAGUGGGUGCGUGCCGUGCAACGUAGAUAUGGGUGCCAUGCCAUCUUGCAUGCAGGCCACAACCUUUGCCCCCCCUUUUCUUCCCCCCAGACUUUUGCCCGAGCACAUGGCGGUACGCUCGGGCACCGCUCUAUUCCUUCUACGCCCGUUAUAAGCAUGGGCAACCUCUAUAUCGUUACACAGAACCAAAACAGCGAGGAAGCUGAGAAGGCAAAAAAGGAGGAGCUUGCUCGGAAAAAGGCAGAGCGCGAGGCGUUAGAAGCCGCCGAGGCUGCGAGCCUCCCCUCACGCGCCGGGCCCAAGAAGGCCAAGGCGGCGCCCAAAAAGACCAAGGGCCUCGAUCUGUCGCAGCUAGACGGUGACGACAACAUGGCGCUGCCGGCCCUCAACGCCACGGGUAUCGAGAAUGCACUGGACGCCCUGUCGGUAGCCGGCGGGUCCGAUGCCAAGGUCGACAAGCAUCCCGAGAGGCGCUUCAAGGCCGCAUACGCACAGUUUGAGCAGCGCCGGCUUAGCGAGAUGGAAAAGGAUGGCAGCGGGGUCGGCCUGCGCCAGAACCAGAAGCAGAUGAAGAUCAAGAAGGAGUUUGAGAAGAGCCCCGAGAACCCGUUCAACCAGAUGACAGCCCGCUAUGACGCCACCAAGGAGGAGCUAGAGGACCUCAAGAAGCAAGAGAAGACCAAGAUCGAGAAGACGCUUGCUGAGCAAAACUAAGCGGUGUGACUUUUCUGUGUUGGGUAGUUACGGAGUGGUGGCUCUUGGU